AAAAAAAAGCAUGGCGUCUAGGCAGAGAGGAAGGAUACCACUGAAAGUUGUUUAUCUCGUCUUUUUUUUUUUGUCGCCUUUUUUUUUGUCAACAUUUCUGAUGGCGCAUGCCAUCGAGGGCUGCUUAAUUGCCACAGGGCUAGAGGAAGGGGGAAUUUUUCUUCUCUUCUCACCCUCUGGCCCACAAAACAUAGCAUUCGGAAGGUUCGCGUACGGCGACUAGUGGCUUAGGAGAGGAGAGAAGAUGGAUGCGGGACGGCCUCGACAUGGCGAGGAAGAAGAAGAAGAAGAAGGGAUGGAAAGGGGGGUCUAAAGGGGGGGAAGACGAGAAACAGGGAGGAGAGGAGGAAUAGGAGGAAUAAAAAAAAA